AUCAGCCCUCAUCUCCAUCAUCCAUCAUCCAUCUACUCUACAAUCUCAACAUCAACUCAAACCAACCAGCAUGCAACUCCAACUCCCCCUCAUCCUCCUGACCAUCGCCACCUCCGUCUCCGGAUGGACAGUGAGCGGCUUCACCCAAGAAAACUGCCCCGGCAGCGCCGCCCAAGAAAUCACUAAAUCCGACUCCACCAAAGGAUGCUACAAAUUCACCGGCAGCCCUGACAUCAAAGCCAUCAAGGCUUCAUACAACCAGGCGAAUCUGGUCGUUUUCGGCUAUCCGAAUGAUAACUGCAACUCGGCUACGUACUCGGUGCAGAUUCGACCGAAUCAGUGCUUCUAUGCUCCUGGGGCGCAUAUUGCGUCGUUCAAGUCGUUCAAGGUUGCUGCUGCGCCGUAGAGUGUGAGUUUGAGUCUUUUUUGAUGAAAUAUAGGGGUUUUUUGAUGUUUAAUUCAGUUGGAUAUUUGAUGACUGGGUUAUGAUAUGGGAUAUGUCUAUGCUUGAUUGAUGAGAGAAUACGAAUGAUGAAUAUUGCAUACAUAAAAUACGAAGUAAUUGUAAGUUUCAAUACAGCAGGAUUGCAAAUUGCCACAGUCCAAGUACAGAAUCUUUCCCCGAACAAAAUAGGUCCACCUGGAAGAUUUGAAGCCUUUUGAAUGGAGGAGAAGAGAGUUUCGCCCUCUCCACGCGAUGUUCCACGCGGUUCGUGCAUUGGCGGCAUUGGGUAAGUCG